AUGCCUUCCACCACUUUCCGUCUCUCUUCGGCUCUGUGCCUCUUCCUGGCCGUUGGACCCGCCACUAUUCUUGCUGCUCCUCCUCAGAUGAAAGAGGUUCCUGCGGGUUCUCUUGGUCUGCGUGACGAUAAGGAUGCUGGUACUGGCUACGCCGUUGGUACCCCCGGUGGACCCGGCGCUAUCUAUGGCGCUGGUGUUCACGAUGACACUGACCCUGUGACUGGUACCGUCGAGAAGGCCGCCGGUGCUGGCUAUGCUGUUGGUAUCCCUGAUGGUCCUAGCGCUGUUUACGGUGCCGGUGUCCACUCCGAGGACAACCCUACCACCGGCGACAGCGAGCACGAUGCUGGUGCUGGAUACCGCGUUGGCAUCCCCGGCGGCCCUGCUGCUGAAUACGGUGCUGGUGUCCACUCCGAGCACAGCACUGCUUGCGGAUCUCCCACCUUUGAGCAUGACGCUGGCGCUGGCUUCAACGUCGGUAUUCCAGGUGGUCCCGAUGUUAACUACGGCGCUGGUGUCCACUUUGAGCACGGUGUCAACCCGUGUGUCGAGCCAGUUUUCAGCGAAGUAGUGCCUCCUUCUGGCGCCGCCACUGAGCCUGUUCCUGUUCCUGAGACCACGCCUGUCCAGGCUACUGUGCCUGCUGCUACUCAGCCCGCUCCUGAGUCCGUUCCCGAGCCCAGCAUCACAUCUACCUACCUCCCAAGCAUGGUUGCUUCUACCUACACCACUCCCAUCGUCAUCCCCACCAUGACCACUGUGCCUGCCUACGUUCCUCCCGCGGUUGCCCCUGUUCACUCAACUCCUUUGAUCCACCCUGCCGCCCCAUCCACUACUCCAUCUUCGGUUCCAGUUUACAACGCUGGUUCCGCCAUGGUCCCAAGCUCACUCAUGGCUCUGGCUCUCCCCAUCAUGUUGGGCAUCUUCUACUAG